AUGAAGAUGUCCGCGGCAGACAGCCAGGAAUCUGGCAGUCCUCCUCCCAGCCCAACAGACUCUGGAGCUUCAGAAUCAGCGCCCACCCUAGUCCAUAUCAAACAGGAAACUAUGGCUCCAGGCACAGACAUGAAGGAAUAUUAUGGCGCAUUAGAUUUUGCUCUCCCCGACGCGUACUUACCACCGAGCUACGACUACGCAAGAAAUUUUUUAUCAAGGCCAUUAGACUUACCUAAUCAAAGAUUCCUAGAGUCAGCUAAAAGUCCUGAGAGAAAUGACGAUGACUACAAGGAUGAUUUGGAAAAGUUAGAAUUUAAUAUGCCAAAUGAACUAGUGGUUAAGUCUGGUGGUAUAUUUGCACGGGGUCAUAUACCCUGUGGUACUAAAUAUGGACCAUUUAAUGGGAAAUGGGAAACACAACCUUUGGAAAGAAGAUACGCUUGGGAGGUCCUGGGAAAAAAUGGCGUUCGCGGUUGGCUUGAUGGCACCUCUGAGAAAUCGAACUGGCUAAAGUUCGUACGGUCUACCACCUACUCCCACGACGUCAACGUGCAGCAUGUGCUACUCGCUGGUCAAAUCUGGUACAAAGUGACGAGAGACAUCGCCUCUGGACAGGAAUUGUUGCUUGGGCCUCGCACGCCACUGCCUCUACAAGAUGUUCUAGCUGUUGCUGGUCGUGAAGGUUCAAGUGUCAAUUCCUCAAGUUCGCAGCCUGAGGACGAAGAGCGAGAAGACACAGAGCCUCGAUGUUCCUUUUGUGACGCGCCCUUUCCUAAUAUUGACGCGCUCGACCGACACUUGAUUCAAGCCCACGCACAGCCCGCAUCGGCUUUCCAUUGCGAACUCUGUAAUCGGGCGUACAGCUCCCGAGCUCUUCUGCUAAGACAUCGCGCUCUCACCCACACAGACAUUAGAAAAUACCCUUGCGAAAACUGCCCGAAGGUAUUUACCGAUCCUUCCAACCUCCAGCGCCACAUCCGCGCGCAGCACGUCGGCGCGCGCAGCCACGCGUGCCCCGAGUGCGGCAAGACCUUCGCCACCUCCUCCGGGCUCAAGCAGCACACUCACAUCCACUCCAGCGUCAAGCCCUUCCAGUGCAAGGUCUGCUACAAAGCUUACACACAGUUUUCGAACUUGUGCCGUCACAAACGAAUGCAUGUGGCGUGUAGAGCUCUUGUGGAGUGCGGGAAAUGCGGACAAUCGUUUCCAUCAUAUGCUGCUCUAACGAAGCAUAAAAGAUUUUGUGACACUGCAUCCGCAACCAACGUAAAUCUGCGAGGACCACUGCCACCAGGUUUGCCACAGAUACCACCUUUGCCGAACGUUAUGAAUACUCCAAAUAAUACAAAUCCAUUUCCAAUGUAUAGAGGACCAGCAUUGCCUCUUCCUUACAAUACAUUUGCACAUUACCCUGCAUUAUUUUCGGCAGCUGCUGCUGCAGCAUGUCCACCAGAAUUUUUGAGUCCUCUUCUUUUCAAUGUACAAGGAGCAAGAUUAGCAAUGGAACACGAUAUGGCACUUAAUGCAAAUUUGGUGGCUAAACAGCAACAGGAAGGUCGAAUGUCAGUUAAAAGUAUGGAUAGCUCAACUUCUUUAGAUGAAAUAAAGAAGAAUAAAGAUAUUGAUGUAGAAAAUAAUAAGAGAGACAAAGACGUAAAUAGAACUACACCCAAACAACAAAAUAUUUAUGUCAAACAAUCACCGCCAUCAGCCGAAGAAGCUUCUUCUAAACAACGCCCGUCACCAGUUAUGCCAAUGUCAACAUCGAUAGGUCCGUUUAAUUAUUCAAGAGAAGAAAUGAAGCAUAAUUCACCAUUCAACUUGUCUUUAAAACAAAAUGAAAACGAUUUAUUAAGAAACAAAUCAGUCUCACCUGCACGUCCUAGGGAUUUGUCUAAGAAUGUAGCAGAUGACAUCGGAACUAAAUCUGAUGGUGAUGAAGACACAAGGAAGGAACAAAAUGAUCAACCACUGGACUUAUCAGUUACACGCAAGCAUAGCGAUAAAGAUUCAGAUAUGGAAAACGAUGAUCAUUCCUUUCGCAACUCAUCGAUUAAAUCGUAUUCACCACCAGAAAGCCCCAUUGACAGAGAAAAUAAGACCCCUGAAAACGAAUCUACAAAUGUGGAUGUUGAGGCAGUUGAAAUAGAGGACUCCCCGAAACCGCUAGUUUCCCCUCCAUUAGCUUUCCCGAUGCCGGUUCAUCCUCAGCACAACAACAGCCUAAUUGACGCAAUGUAUCGGCCACGUUUUCCUCAGUUUCAUUCCGCUUCGGAUUCAAUCUUAAGCUCUUCACAUUCGCCCUACGUCCCGGGCCCGUUCAAUUUUUUAUCCCCAGUUCUCGGUACUGACGGGUCAGAUAGACAACCGAGUGCCUAUGCGAAGUUUCGCGAACUCAGCAGUGGUUCGGCGAAACUUCGAGAUCGAUACGCUUGCACGUUUUGCGGAAAAGUAUUCCCGAGGAGCGCGAACCUGACGCGGCACCUCCGCACCCACACCGGUGAGCAGCCGUACAAGUGCAAGUACUGCGAGCGGUCCUUCUCGAUAUCGUCGAACCUGCAGCGGCAUGUGAGGAACAUACACAACAAGGAGAGACCGUUUAGGUGUCCGUUGUGUGACAGGUGUUUCGGGCAGCAAACGAACCUCGAUCGGCAUUUGAAGAAGCACGAGGCUGAGGGCGGGGAUUCUCCGAGCUCUGCGGACACGGAGCAGGACGCGAGUUUUGAUGAAAUCCGUUCCUUCAUGGGUAAGGUGACGUGCUCGCCUGGAGCCGGCUCCCCCGCCGCCACCCCCCCGCACCCCACUCAUCCCCCUCACCCCACACACCCACACCGCCCCUCCGCGCUCGCCAUCUCCACAUAG